AUAAUUCACCUUUUUUUUUAUUUUCUCUCUCUCCGCUUUUAUUUUAUUUUUCUUUGUCUCCCUCAUUUUGAUAUCUAUAUAAUUUCAUCUACCUCCCACUUUCCUCUCUUCUUUCUUUCUCGCCUACUUCAUUGGCCUUUUUUUCAUGUCUUUUUUUCUUGAAUCGUCGUUCCUCACUAGCUGGAGCUCCUAACUGCCAUUUCCAGGCGUUUUUUGGUCGAUAGUUCUCUUUCAAGUUUCGUGUAAAUACAGCGUAAAUACAUACACUAAUCAAGAGAUAGUCAGAGAAAUCGAUCUAGAAAUCCAAAUAGAGUAUCGAUCUGAAGGAUGAAUUACUGUGGGAUCCAGCAAAACGGUGUCGUAUCUUGUGAAGAAACGCGGAGUUUCGUUUCCGUUUCUGGUGGUCGUAAAGGCUCCGUUGUGUGUCCUAAACCUCGCCGUGUCGCUCCCACUAAUGACGCUUCUAGACCUAUGCGCUGGCACUUUGGGCAUCAUUCUGAUAUAUCUGAUUCCAGAGCUGGAUCUGAGCUGUUGGAUAUCAUCCUCAGUAAGGGUGUUCAUGGUGCUGAGAGGACCAAUACACAAGUAGCUUCGUCACCCCCGUUUUUCUGCGGGUCACCCCCGAGUAGAGUCUCUAACCCAUUAAUUCAGGACGUGCGAUUCAGGGAGGAAAAACAAUUAAUUUCUCCAUUUUCAUCAAAGCCGUCGUCGCCGAUACAGGCUGCUGCAUCAGGGUCUGCAUCCUCACCCAACUCUUCUGCAAGGAAAGUGGGAUGUGUAAGGGCGAAUUUUGGGAGCAAUCCGGCAAUGAGAGUUGAAGGGUUUGAUUGCCUCGACAGGGACCGCAGGAACUGCAGCAUCCCUGCCUUGGCUUAAAACUAUCAACUCGAGAAAAGAAUAAAAACAAAAAAAGUACAUAUAGUGAUCAAACAGAAGCUUUAAGGCAAUAUAACAUAUUAGGAAGGGAAAAGAUAGCAUGAGAAGAAUUUUGGUAAUUUCUCAGAGCAAAGAGAUGAAGAGUUGUCAUUUUGCAAUGUAAAUAUGCAGUUGAAAGGGAGUUCCUUUUUUUGUAAGUAAAGAAAAAUCCCAUGUAAGGUUGACUAAAUAAAAAGGGUGGGAACUAGAGUCUGGUUAGGUUUUCUUUCUAAGUGAGAAGUUGGUUGGAUUUCAAAAUGAGAAUUUGCUUUUUUUUUUUUUUUUGAGUCGAUGUAAAUACGAGGGAAGUUAAAUUUUCUGGGACUUAUGUAAUUCUCUAUUAUGGGUUUCGUUGUACGUGCGGCUCUUUCCUUCUGUAGAAGAAGGUGUAUAAAAAAGCUGCUUUGUUAAUUGUUAUUGGAGUCUAGUAGUUUUACAGUGUAAAUAUUGAAGCCCUAGAGGGUUUUUUCCACCAAAUUUUGUGGUCCACCUCCUUGUUCUAUCACCAAGAAAAUGGCUCUCUCUUUUUUUAUUAUUA